UGACGAAUCUGGUGGGACCAUGAGUGAAAUGCAAUAAGAGCCGGCUACGUGUCACGUAUUCAGACACAACCUCGAAUGAAUCGACGUAUCAAAUGAAAUUGGAUGGAUGGACUAUAUAAACAGAUAUAAAUGAUUCAGUGGGAGAGGGUACAGGAAAGCCCCGAUAGACCAUCAGAAGAUAAAUAGAUAGAUAUUCUUAAUUUAUUUAUAUCUAUAGACACUGAGUCCAUUUGCCACCACAAUUUUAUUCCUUUCUCCUCUUCGAUCCCACUAUCUCAUUGUAUUAUUAAUUAUUUUAUUAAUUUAUCGUAUAAACUUCUUCUUCUUCUUCCUUAUCACCACCUCCUUCAAUCGUGUUGUUAUCUUAUCCCUUUUCCCGGUCAGCCGGCUAAUCAGGAAUCAUGGCUAGGGUUUUGGCUCAGUCGAUUAAUGUUCCUGGCCUAGUGGCUGGGCACAGUCAACAUAAGGGAUCUGGAAAAUCGAAACGAUCAGUCAAAAUGAUGUCUACUCUGCGAACAAGCGGAUUAAGAAUGCCGGUUUUCUCAGGACUUCGUCCUAUCAAUCGUUUGGAUACUAUGCUGAGACCUGGAAUAGAUUUUCACACCAAGGUAGCAAUGGCAAUUUCUUCACGGCGGGCAAGGGCUAAGAGAUUCAUACCUAGAGCCAUGUUUGAGCGUUUCACGGAGAAAGCAAUCAAAGUGAUAAUGCUAGCUCAGGAGGAAGCAAGACGUCUUGGUCACAAUUUUGUUGGAACUGAGCAGAUUCUAUUGGGUCUUAUUGGUGAAGGCACUGGUAUUGCUGCCAAGGUUUUAAAAUCUAUGGGAAUCAACCUUAAAGAUGCACGUGUGGAAGUGGAGAAGAUAAUUGGAAGGGGUAGUGGAUUUGUUGCUGUUGAGAUUCCGUUUACUCCCCGUGCAAAGCGUGUAUUGGAACUUUCCCUCGAGGAAGCUCGCCAACUUGGUCACAAUUAUAUUGGAUCAGAGCACUUACUUCUGGGUCUUCUUCGAGAGGGUGAGGGUGUAGCAGCACGUGUUCUUGAAAACCUGGGUGCUGAUCCUACUAAUAUUCGCACACAGGUUAUUCGCAUGGUGGGUGAGAGUGCCGACAGUGUUACUGCUACUGUUGGCUCAGGAAGUAGCAACAAUAAAAUGCCAACUUUGGAGGAGUAUGGAACCAAUUUGACCAAGCUAGCAGAAGAGGGAAAGUUGGAUCCUGUUGUGGGAAGGCAGCCACAAAUUGAACGUGUCACCCAAAUUUUAGGCCGUCGCACCAAAAAUAAUCCUUGUCUUAUAGGAGAACCUGGUGUCGGUAAGACAGCAAUUGCUGAAGGUCUUGCUCAGAGGAUUGCAAAUGGUGAUGUACCUGAAACAAUCGAGGGAAAAAAGGUUAUAACCCUCGACAUGGGUCUGCUUGUAGCUGGAACCAAAUACCGUGGUGAGUUUGAGGAGAGGUUGAAGAAACUGAUGGAAGAAAUCAGACAAAGUGAUGAGAUAAUACUUUUUAUCGACGAAGUGCACACUCUAAUUGGAGCAGGAGCAGCUGAAGGUGCUAUUGAUGCUGCUAACAUACUAAAACCAGCUCUUGCAAGAGGUGAACUACAGUGUAUUGGAGCCACAACAUUGGACGAAUACAGGAAGCACAUUGAAAAAGACCCAGCUUUGGAGAGACGAUUUCAGCCAGUUAAAGUACCAGAACCAACUGUCGAUGAAACCAUACAAAUACUGAAAGGACUUAGAGAACGUUAUGAGAUUCACCACAAGCUUCGCUAUACUGAUGAGGCUCUUGUAGCUGCUGCACAACUUUCGUAUCAGUAUAUCAGUGAUCGAUUUUUGCCUGACAAAGCUAUAGAUUUGAUUGAUGAAGCUGGUUCACGAGUCCGUCUUCGACAUGCACAGUUGCCAGAAGAGGCAAAAGAACUUGACAAGGAGGUCAGGAAAAUUGUUAAGGAGAAAGAGGAAUUUGUUCGCAACCAAGACUUUGAAAAGGCCGGAGAACUACGUGAUAAAGAAAUGGAUCUUAAGGCGCAGAUCUCAGCACUUAUAGAGAAAGGCAAGGAGAUGAGCAAAGCAGAGACUGAGGCAGGAGAUGAAGGUCCUCUUGUGACUGAAGUUGACAUUCAACAUAUUGUGUCCUCCUGGACGGGCAUUCCUGUUGAUAAAGUCUCAGCAGAUGAAUCUGAUCGCCUCCUCAAGAUGGAAGAUACUUUACACAAGCGAAUCAUUGGUCAGGAUGAAGCAGUGGAAGCCAUUAGUCGGGCUAUCCGCCGAGCCCGGGUUGGAUUGAAGAACCCUAAUCGUCCAAUUGCCAGCUUCAUCUUUUCUGGUCCAACUGGUGUGGGGAAGUCUGAAUUGGCUAAAGCAUUGGCUGCAUAUUACUUUGGCUCUGAAGAAGCCAUGAUUCGUCUUGACAUGAGUGAAUUUAUGGAAAGGCACACUGUCUCCAAACUUAUUGGUUCGCCUCCUGGAUAUGUUGGUUACACUGAAGGCGGUCAAUUGACUGAAGCAGUUCGGCGUCGUCCUUACACUGUUAUACUCUUUGAUGAGAUCGAGAAAGCCCAUCCUGAUGUAUUCAACAUGAUGCUUCAGAUUCUUGAAGAUGGAAGACUAACAGACAGUAAGGGCAGAACUGUGGAUUUCAAGAACACACUACUUAUAAUGACAUCAAAUGUUGGAAGCAGUGUUAUUGAGAAAGGAGGCCGCCGGUUUGGAUUCGAUCUGGAUUACGAUGAGAAAGAUAGCAGUUAUAAUAGAAUCAAGAGUUUGGUGACUGAGGAGCUAAAACAAUACUUCAGGCCAGAGUUUUUAAAUAGGUUGGAUGAAAUGAUUGUUUUCAGGCAACUCACAAAAUUAGAGGUGAAGGAAAUAGCAGACAUAAUGCUCAAGGAAGUGUUUGAGAGACUGAAGAUCAAAGAGAUUGAACUUCAAGUAACAGAAAGAUUUAGGGACAGGGUGGUUGACGAAGGUUAUAAUCCUAGUUACGGAGCUAGGCCUCUAAGAAGAGCCAUAAUGCGUCUUUUGGAGGAUAGCAUGGCUGAGAAGAUGCUCGCCAGAGAGAUCAAGGAGGGAGACUCUGUCAUAGUGGAUGUUGAUUCUGACGGUAAUGUGAUUGUUCUCAACGGUACCAGCGGUGCUCAGGAGUCAUUACCAGAGGCCCUUCCUAUAUAAUGUGGUUACCUUUUCUAUGAUGUAUGUAUGUACUUUAUUUAUUUAAAGCAUAGUCAUAGUCACGUUUUCCCUUAGCAGCCUAGCAAAUCAAGUUGAGAAAAGGGGAUUACAUUACACGAACUGGUGGGAAUAGGGGGAAACCAAAAAAGGUGUGGGAAUGAUGAAAACAAUUUGUGUAUUGGACGCGUUCAUCUUCAUCCAUGGCUGUUUCAUCGGAAGCUGGAAUGCCUUUUUAUGCUUUCUCUGAUAGACUAUGUAAUGUAACAUCCCAACAUUGUUGUAUAGUAUUGCUAUGGCGUAUUUAUUGCUAGACAUGUAAUGACAAAUACUUGUAUGACAGCCACAGAUUCGGGGUAAUUUAGAUCUUAAAUAUGUCACCCAAUGUAAAGGGGGGUUACAUGUUUUUCAGGUUCA